AUGGAAGAAGAAAAAAGCGGCUUCUUAAAAAAAAUUGGCUUUGGUAGAAAUGCCAACUACUCACAACAUCGUGACGACGUUAGUAAUGAAGAUCGGGUCAUCACCGGGGCUAGCUAUCAGGUUCGCUAUUUAGGUUACUGCCAGGUCGUAGAUAAGUUUGGAACGGGUAGCGAUCAUGUUGAAAUCGCUAUCGAUAAAGUAUACCGCGAAUCAACGAAGAAAAAUCAAAAGCGUAGAAUGUGCGUGCGAAUUGAAAGGGAUAGGAUGUUGAUCGAGGACGUAUCAACUACAAUGUCUGUCAUUGAUAUGCCGCUAAAGCGUAUUUCCUUUUGUAGCGGCAGUAAAAAUCAUCCAACUUUAUACUGUUAUAUUACUCGAGCGGAAGAGAAAAAUGAAUUUCAUGCACAUGUUUUUAUGUGCGAUGACGUACAAACCGCCCGUAAUAUUAUAACCGUGCUCGGUACAGCAUUUCGAAUGGCUUUUGCUAAAGCCAAACUGAACAGCAAAGGGAACGAAAAUAAAAAAAUGGACGCUUCUAGUGGAUUAACCGCAGCGGCUAAUAACAUAAAGAAUAAGGCAUUGGGACUAUCAAAGGAUGACGUUAGGCCGCGUGCAUCCUCUACUUCACGAAUUGAAACUAGUUCUUCACCAAAGUCAAAAAUCAUUGCAGCUACACCUCCAAAGUUAUUACCUCCUCCUACUGCCGAUGGAAUUUCAGUUCGAGCAAGAGCGUCAACCAUGCCAUCAUCGCCUAACAAAUGCUCUGCAUCCAUGUUUGAUGAUUUUACUGAGUUAGCACGAAGUCGAUCAUCGACUUCCUCGAACGAUGAACUAUCGAAAGAUUUCACUAAUAAGGCUGCCAUUAGCGGUCCAAUGAAUACUGCAAAUUUAUUGAUUGAUUUUAAUUAA